AGCUUCUGCUCUUUCUUUCUCUGCCUUUUUCUACAGGAGCUGAAGGAGGACCAGUUAGAGCUUCUGGACAAGGGGCUUGAAAUGGGUAUGUGGAACUCUAAACCCUCCAAGGUCAAGCAUGCCCGAGUUCUGCUCCUGGGACUGGAUUUCUCAGGGAAGUCAACAAUCCUUUACAAACUAAAGCACAACAAGGACUUCAUGACCAUCCCAACCAUUGGCUUCAAUGUGGAGAUGAUAGAGAUGGAGAAAAACAUCUAUUUCACAGUCUGGGAUGUUGGAGGGCAGAAACAUAUGCGGAGCUUUUGGAGCCAUUACUGUGAGAACACGGAUGUGCUGGUGUAUGUGGUGGACAGCUCUGACCACCAGCACCUGGAGGACUCCCGAAGAGAAUUCGAACUCAUUCUGAAGAAUGAGCACAUUAAGCAUGUACCAGUCGUGUUGCUGGCCAACAAACAAGAUCUGCCUGGAGCCCUCACCGCUGAGGAUGUCACCAGGAAAUUCAAGAUGAAGAAAAACUGUGGUGACCGGGACUGGUACGUCCAGCCUUGCUGUGCCACCUCGGGGGAUGGCCUGGCUGAAGGUUUCUGGAAAGUGACCCAGUUCAUCAAAAGUUACACGAAAUCCACAGAAGCCACAUGGUCCUUCUUCAGACAGAAUUAAAGCUGCAAAGGGUAUUCCAGGGGUUUCUGCCAUGUUUCAGGACUUGAUGAGGAGCACAAUGGUAUCUGGAAACAGGAGGUUCAGAAGGCUAUCACAAACUAUAAGGAAUUCUUCUUCUACGUGAGGUCUUCAAUCCAUCUUCUCCACGAUGAUGCUGAGCUUCUUUGGCAAGCUUGGAAAUCUCCAUUUUAUACCAAAUAAAGUUGUCUCUGUUGUUAUA